GGCCGCGGCGGCGCGGCCGCGAUGGCGACCUACGUGAGCGAGCUGGAGGCGGCCAAGAAGAGCCUGAGCGAGGCGCUGGGCGAGAACGUGAAGCAGUACUGGGCCAACCUGAAGCUGUGGUUCAAGCAGAAGAUCAGCAAGGAGGAGUUUGACCUGGAAGCGCGCAGGCUCCUCACGCAGGACAAUGUCCAUUCUCACAAUGAUUUCCUCCUGGCUAUUCUCACCCGCUGCCAGAUCUUGGUUUCUGCCCCAGAAGGUGCUGGAUCUCUGCCAUGGCCAGGUGGCUCUGCAACUAAACCUGGGAAACCCAAAGGGAAGAAAAAGAUUUCUUCAGUUCGCCAAAAGUUCGAUCACCGGUUCCAGCCUCAGAACCCACUGUCAGGAGCCCAGCAGUUUGUGGCAAAGGAUCCUCAGGAGGAUGAUGAUUUGAAGCUGUGCUCUCACACCAUGAUGCUCCCCACACGUGGCCAGCUGGAAGGAAGGAUGAUUGUCACUGCCUAUGAGCACGGGCUGGACAAUGUCACCGAGGAGGCAGUGACAGCUGUUGUGUAUGCUGUGGAGAACCACCUUAAGGACAUUCUGACCUCUGUGAUAUCCAGGAGAAAAGCCUAUCGUCUGAGGGAUGGCCAUUUCAAGUAUGCCUUUGGAAGCAAUGUCAACCCUCAGCCAUAUCUGAAGAACAGUGUUGUUGCUUAUAACAACUUAAUUGAAUGCCCCCCAAAUGCCGCCACACCCUCGGCAGGUCAGAGCCUGGCCCCCCCACCUGCCCCUGAUGAUGCUGAGCAGCAGGCAGCCCUGCUCCUGGCCUGCUCUGGGGACACCCUGCCAGCAUCCCUGCCUCCAGUCAACAUGUAUGACCUCUUUGAGGCACUGCAGGUGCACAAGGAAGUGAUCCCUGCACACACAGUGUAUGCUCUAAACAUUGAGAGGAUUGUCAUGAAGCUCUGGCACCCCAACCACGAGGAGCUGCAGCAGGACAAGAUCCACCGGCAGCGCCUGGCCGUGAAGGAGGGGCUCCUGCUCUGCUAGAGCCCUCAGCUGCCUCCAGCCUGCUCCUGGCACUUGGCAUUCAGGUGCUCCUUACAAACCUGUGUCUGCAUCUCCGGGAUGAUGUGAUUUAUGAGUCAGCUUUUCCUAUGGAAAUGGGACUGAGUUGUGGGACACUGCUCUGCUUCCCCAGAGUCACGUGCCGUGGAGGACUUGCAGCAACGCCACUGAAUUGGGAAAGAGAAACGAGACACAUUUGCAAGGACUGUUUUUAGGAAAAAUAAAUGAGAGUGGAAAGAGUUGGUUUUAAAUAA